AUGGAGAAAGAAGAGGCAAGAGAUUUCUUGACCUCGCUUUUGAACAAGAACCUGCGCAUCGUGGCCACUGAUGGCCGCAUGUUUCUUGGGCUUUUUAAAUGCACAGAUCCCGAUCGAAAUGUCGUAUUAGCCCAUACUUACGAGUACCGCCAGCCAUCGACACAGCAGCGAGUUGAGGCGGCACAGAAUGCUUCUGCGGGCACAGGAUCCGUCACGAUGGACAUGACAUCCCGAUACUUGGGUUUGGUCGUGGUUCCCGGCCAGUACAUUACGAAGAUCGAGGUGGAAGAAUUCGCCAGCCAACUCAGAGGAUACAACCCCUACGCCGAUGCAUCUGUGGUUUAG